AUGGCAAGUGGGACUGGUUCUCCUUGUGGUGCAUGCAAGUUUCUCCGGCGAAAGUGUGCAACGGAUUGUAUAUUUGCGCCAUAUUUUUGCUCGGAACAAGGGCCGGCUAUAUUCGCUGCGAUUCAUAAGGUGUUUGGAGCUAGUAACGUUUCCAAGUUAUUACUUCAUGUCCCCGUGGCUGAUCGCUGUGAGGCGGUUGUGACUAUUGGUUAUGAAGCUCAAGCAAGGAUCAGAGAUCCAGUUUAUGGCUGCGUCGCUCAUAUCUUCGCCUUGCAACAGCAGGUCGUUAAAUUUCAUAGAAUUAAAAACAUUUCCUUCUGCGUUCAAAAACACAAAAAAACCCAUUUUCUUCUUCUUCCUCUCUCCCUGGUGGCAUACUUGCAAGCCCAGCUGAUGCAACUGAAGGCUCAACUGGCACAAAAUCUUAUUGAUUCAUCAAGGAAUAAUCCAGAGAAUCAAUGGCCCGCAGGAAAUAUAAUGGCCGGAAUGGCAUCGUUUCCGGCUUACCUGAACUCUAUAUCACCCCAGAGCUCAGUCGAGUCCAUUGAACACAACAAUGAAGGGAUGGGUGUGCAAGAGAUUCAAAUCAGAGAUGAGCUCUCUUUCCAACCUUACUCUAAGAGGAGACCUUCACAAACUGACUUGGGUGAGCUUCAAGCACUGGCUCUUCGAAUGAUGAGGAACUAA